UGACAAUCUCAGCUUGUUACAACUCCAUCAGUUAAUUGGAUCCCUUGUAGCGCCGCUCGUUUGACUCAUCUGCUGCUUUGAAAGACAAAAGCGCGAAAGGGGGUCGUUGACACCUCGCACUACUGGGCGUGUAUAAAUGAGCCGUGGCCUCUCCUGCUUAUCAUUCCACUUCUCUCCACGAAAGCCUGAGUAACACAGAGCCACGGAUAACUUGCUGCUUCUUUUGACUCUAACUUUGAAAGGAAACCAUGCAGAUCCCUGCUCGGCCUCACGGACCCUACGGAUUUUCAGUGCGUCCACAUCUUGCUCUCCAUCCGGACUAUGACAGCAAUGCUUCAAAACCCAGCGCGGGGAAAUCGUUUACCAUCGACGCUCUUCUCGCUAAACCUGACAACACUGAAAUCUCCAAGACGAGUCUAUUUCAGGGCUCACUGAACCCUGCGCCAACCCCACAAGGUCUCUUUCUACACGCCGGACAGAUGUGUCCUCCACUUCCUCAUUACCUGUACAGCCCGGCUAUGAUGCACACGCAAUCCAGCUAUCCAGUCUACUGCUGUCCACCCUACGGAUACCAGACAACAUGCCCGGGAACGGUUUACUCACAAGGUGCCACACUAUCAAAAGGCGGAGUUCACUCGCACUACAAGCACAAAGGCGGGAAAUCAAAACGGAUGCGCACGAGUUUCACCAACGAGCAGCUGUCCCGCUUGGAGAAGGAGUUUGCGCGCCAGCAGUACAUGGUGGGAUCAGAGCGCUUCCUGCUCGCAUCCGCACUCCAGCUCACCGAGGCGCAGGUUAAAGUUUGGUUCCAGAACAGGCGCAUCAAGUGGAGAAAGCAGAGUCUUGAGCAACAGCAGGCCAAACUCGCCAAACUGGGACUCGCUGUUCCACCGAAAAGCCCCGGAUCUCAAGGCCGCGAGGAUGAGGGAGACGAGCACGAUUUCACAGAGGACUCUGAUGUUGACAUCGAUGACUCUCUGCACGGCUGAAAAGUGCUACAUUGACUUUACCAGCCAACACUGCUUUUUGUACAUAUUUUAAAUGCUACAUAUUUUGUAGUACCGCCUUUUGUAUAAAAAAGAAAAAUACAGUAUAUUUAAGU